AAAGAGAUUUCAACGAUGUUUUGUGUUCAGGUUGCUAAAUCCCUUGAGAAAAGAUAUCUGGAUAUAUGGAUCCGAUCCCUUGAAUGGCAGUGCUUACUGGAGCAGUGGAUUCAGGAUCCAAAAAAGGAUACCCGGUAUCUAUGUGACCUGGUGGAUUCUGAAGAGGAACCUAUGACGAAGAUUCCCCGUCUAGAUCAGCUGAAUAGUACUCCUAAUUUCUCCCCAGCUGCCACCCUGCUCAGGGUAAAGAGACGGAAAAGAUGGAUUCAUUCUCCCCGAGAACUAGAUCAUACCCUGGAGAUACGAGAUCCUGCUGAGAGACGGCAGUCCCCCAGAGCUCGACGGCGGAUAGUCGGAGACCGACGGCGGAGUGAAGACUAUGCCCCAAGCGAGCCGGAGGAACAGUUACCGGAGACUUUAGAGAUGAGGACUUCUGAGACCGAGAGCUCUGAUCCAUCCCCGAGGAGGACGGAGGACGAACAAACUCCAAGGACGGAAGAUGAACGACUGAUGAACAAUUUGGCCUCCGUGUUGUUAAAGCUGGAGGAGCAGGAGCAGAAGGAAUUGGAGAAGAUGUCGAGAGAAUCCGUCCCAGCUCCGCUAACCUACUGGGACACAUCCGAUGAAGAGGCAUUUUCAGACACAGCCUCCAGAGAAAUGCAUCCUGCCUCCGAUACAGUUCUUCAGUCCAAUCUAUCCAUACACGCCUCCAAUCUAAACCUAGGCUUUAGGACCGUAUCUGAGACAAACCUUGAGAAAGAUUUGCCUCCAACAGGAAGAAAAUCAUCUUAUCCUCUGGAUAACCAGAAACCUUUCCUCCACUCUACCCCGACCAGGACCCUAUCCUACUCCGGGGGCGAGGGGAACCUUGAGGUAUUCAGUCUGGACUCUCUGGAGAUAACGGAGCUAGACAGCUUUAGGAGCACUAGACUCAUCCUAGCAGGUUUUGAUGAUUCUCUGGAAGAUGUUUCAUCAAGAGAUGUUUACCAGUCCAGAAGCUCUUCUCAGGAUUUUUCUUUGGAAAAUCUAGCACAUGAAGAGAAUUAUCAUCAAAGAUUAAGCAGUUGUAGCAGCUUAGGCAGGUCAGCUCAGUUUGACCCUGCUAGUAGCUGCUCAGGACAGCUGCUCCGAUCAUCCUCUGGUGGGAGCAGCAGUGUUCCAUCAGGAGCAGUAGAUCAACGGAAAAUUGGAUUAGAACUUGGAAACUUUAACGCCCGGAAAGGAAAGAAAAAGAAUAGAAGACGACUGAUUCCGUCCUUCGGAGACGAAAGUCAGUCUGAUAUUGAGAUGGACUCCAUGUGUAGUGUACUCCUCUGCUCCAGCAGAGACCUGGAGUCCUUACACAAGAACAUUGUCCGAGGGGAAGUUGAUCAGUAUGAUAAGAUGGUUGAGAUCUGCUCUAAGAAUAUAAACCUGCUGUUCAACCUGCAGAAUACAGUGAAGAGAGAGAACUCAUUCAUUUACAAGAAGAAAACAAGAGAAACAAGAAGUAAGAAGAGUUAAUCUUUGGUCGAGAUAAAGCAAGAAUAUGCCCUGAAGAUGGAUAAAUAAACCGAAAAGAGUUUUUG